UGUGCAAGUUGAUCCUCGUGAACAAGCAGUAGUACUAUCAACAAAGUAGCAACUAGCAACAAUUAGUACAACAGCUGCACAAUAGGCUAUCAAAGUGAAGUUUGUUGUCUGAUCUUUCCUCAAAAUUGUCAUGGUCUGGAAAUCUUUCUGAAGGCCUAUUUCUUACCAUGAAUAUUUUUGUUGAAUUCUGCUUAGUGUCGUGCAAAGUUCUCUGGACUUUUGUGUUGGCUGGAACGAGAUGGCUUGUGCGUCCUAAAGAGAAGAAUGUAAUGGGUCAGGUUUGUGUGAUCACUGGGGCGGGAAGCGGCCUUGGAAGACACUUUGCCAAGGAGUUUGCGAGAAGAGGUGCUACGGUCGUCCUUUGGGACAUCAAUUGGGAAAGUAACGAGGAGACUGCUGAGAUCGUGCGACAAAUCUACAGCGACAUUACCAGUCCAGUGGAUGGUGAGGGAGAUGUAUCUCAGAUUCAGCCCAAGGUCUACACUUAUCUGUGUGAUGUAAGCAAGAGAGAGGAGGUGUACUUGACUGCAGAUAAGGUGCAACGUGAAGUGGGCAACAUUGAUAUCCUGAUCAACAAUGCUGGGGUGGUCUCAGGACAUCACCUGCUGGAGUGUCCAGAUGAACUCCUAGAGCGCACCAUGAUGGUCAACUGCCACGCUCACUUUUGGACUACCAAGGCUUUUGUUCCCAAGAUGCUUGAGCUGAACCAUGGACACAUUGUGACGGUAGCCAGCUCCCUGGGUCUGUUCACCACUGCUGGUGUUGAGGACUACUGUGCCAGCAAGUUUGGUGCUAUAGGCUUUCAUGAGUCCCUCAGCCACGAGCUGAAAGCAGCUGAGAAAGACAGGAUAAAGAUGACGCUGGUCUGUCCUUUCUUAGUUGAUACUGACAUGUUCAAAGGUUGUAAAAUCAAGAAAGAGAUUGCCCCACUCUUCCCUCCGUUGAAGCCAGAGCAGUGUGUGCAGCAGGCAAUGAGGGCUAUCCUAACAGACCAGCCCAUGAUCUGUACACCUCGGAUUAUGUACAUAGUCUGUUUCAUGAAGACUGUCUUGCCCUUUGACGCCAUCGUUUGCAUGUACCAGUUUCUUGGAGCAGACAAAUGCAUGUACCCGUUCCUGGCUCACCGGAAGGAGGCCAUGAACAACAAUGAAUCCAAGCUGCCUUCCAUCCAGCAGCCUGCCAUCCAGCAGCUGCCACUGGGAAAAAAAGAAUGUUAACAUAUACCCUUUGACACUCAGAUUGAUCAGAUGGAGAUGUUCAGCACAUUGUUCCUCUGGAACAAACUACAUAUGCUGUGUACUUUAUUAAGGGUUCACAUUGGUUCUUUUGUUUUCUUGAGACCAGUUUUUGUAUUUGUCGCAAACAUAAUAAUUCACAGUAAAUUUCAUUGUUUUGUAGACACUCA